AUGUUGAAGCCUCAGCCGCCACAGCAGACGUCCCAGCCCCAGCAGCCGCCCCCCGCGCAACAGGCCGUGGCCCGCCGGCCCCCCGGGGGCACCAGCCCUCCCAACGGCGGCCUCCCGGGGCCCCUGGCCUCCGCCUCGGCUCCCCCUGGACCUCCCGCCGCCGCUUCCCCCUGCCUGGGGCCUGCGUCUGCUGCCGGGAGCGGGCUCCGCCGGGGAGCCGAGGGCAUCUUGGCGCCGCAGCCGCCGCCACAGCAGCAGCAGCAGCAGCACCAGGAGAGGCCGGGGGCAGCGGCCAUCGGCAGCGCCAGGGGACAAAGCACUGGAAAGGGACCCCCACAAUCACCGGUAUUUGAGGGUGUCUACAACAAUUCCAGAAUGCUGCAUUUCCUUACGGCUGUUGUGGGCUCCACUUGUGAUGUAAAGGUGAAGAAUGGUACCACCUAUGAAGGUAUCUUCAAGACCCUGAGCUCAAAGUUUGAACUGGCAGUAGACGCCGUGCACCGGAAAGCAUCUGAGCCAGUAGGUGGCCCUCGUCGGGAAGACAUUGUGGACACCAUGGUGUUUAAGCCAAGUGAUGUCAUGCUUGUCCAUUUCCGAAACGUUGACUUCAAUUAUGCCACUAAAGACAAGUUCACUGAUUCAGCCAUUGCCAUGAACUCGAAGGUGAAUGGGGAGCACAAAGAGAAGGUGCUUCAGCGCUGGGAGGGUGGUGACAGCAACAGUGAUGAUUACGACCUCGAGUCUGACAUGUCCAAUGGAUGGGACCCCAAUGAAAUGUUCAGGUUCAAUGAGGAGAACUAUGGUGUGAAGACCACCUAUGACAGCAGCCUCUCGUCUUACACGGUGCCCUUAGAGAAGGACAACUCGGAAGAGUUUCGCCAGCGGGAGCUGCGCGCCGCCCAGUUAGCUCGGGAGAUUGAGUCGAGCCCCCAGUACCGCCUGCGGAUCGCCAUGGAGAACGACGACGGCCGCACUGAGGAGGAGAAGCACAGUGCGGUCCAGCGGCAGGGCUCCGGCCGGGAGAGCCCCAGCCUGGUGUCCAGGGAAGGAAAGUAUAUCCCUCUACCCCAGCGAGUUCGGGAAGGUCCCCGGGGAGGAGUUCGAUGCAGUAGUUCUCGGGGCGGCCGACCUGGCCUUAGCUCUUUGCCACCCCGUGGUCCUCACCAUCUUGACAAUAGCAGCCCUGGCCCAGGUUCUGAGACACGUGGUAUUAAUGGAGGCCCUUCCCGCAUGUCCCCUAAAGCACAGCGGCCUGUGAGAGGUGCCAAGACUCUGUCUUCACCCAGCAGCAGGCCUUCGGGAGAAGCUUCCGUCCCACCGGCUCCUGCAGUGGGCCGGAUGUACCCCCCACGCUCUCCCAAGUCGGCUGCCCCUGCCCCAGUCUCAGCUUCCUGUCCUGAGCCUCCCAUUGGCUCGGUAGUACCCACCUCUUCAGCUUCCAUCCCUGUGACGUCAUCAGUUGUGGAUCCUGGAGUAGGUUCCAUCUCCCCAGCUUCUCCAAAGAUCUCACUGGCCCCCACGGAUGUGAAAGAUCUCGUCGCCAAGGACCCGGGAAGAACUCUGGAACCCCAGGAGCUGUCCCGGUUAUCUGGGAAAGUGCCUGGCCUUCAGAAUGAACAGAAACGCUUUCAACUGGAAGAACUGAGAAAGUUUGGGGCCCAGUUUAAGCUUCAGCCCAGUAGCUCUCCUGAGACCUGCCUGGAUCCUUUUCCUCCCCGGAUCUUAAAGGAGGAGAUCAAAGGGAAGGAGAAGGAAGUUGAUGGUCUAUUGACCUCAGAGCCCAUGGGGUCCCCGGUCUCCAAGACGGAGUCCUUAUUGGAUAAGGAGGACAAGCCACCCCUGCCAUCAGCAGGAGGCACGGAGGGGCCAGAUCAGCUCCCACCACCUUGCCCGAGCCAAACUGGCAGCCCCCCGGUGGGCCUCAUCAAAGGAGAUGACAAGGAUGAGGGCCCUGUUGCCGAACAAGUGAAGAAAUCGACAUUGAAUCCUAAUGCCAAGGAGUUCAAUCCUGCAAAGCCUCUGCUGUCUGUGAAUAAAUCCACAAGUACCCCAACUUCUCCGGGGCCCCGGACUCAUUCUACUCCCUCCAUCCCGGUGCUGACAGCAGGCCAGAGUGGGCUGUACAGCCCCCAGUACAUUUCCUACAUACCUCAGAUCCACAUGGGACCAGCCGUUCAGGCACCUCAGAUGUAUCCAUAUCCUGUAUCCAACUCAGUGCCUGGACAGCAGGGCAAGUACCGGGGAGCAAAAGGCUCCCUGCCUCCCCAGCGCUCGGACCAACACCAGCCUGCCUCAGCCCCUCCAAUGAUGCAGGCUGCCGCUGCUGCUGGCCCACCUCUGGUGGCUGCUACACCUUACUCUUCCUACAUCCCCUACAACCCACAGCAGUUCCCAGGCCAGCCCGCCAUGAUGCAGCCCAUGGCCCACUAUCCCUCUCAGCCGGUGUUUGCCCCCAUGCUUCAAAGCAACCCACGCAUGCUGACCUCGGGGAGCCAUCCCCCGGCCAUUGUGUCGUCCUCCGGCCCUCAGUUCCCUUCAGAGCAGCCCACCCCCCAAGCCCUUUAUGCCACUGUCCACCAGUCCUAUCCACACCAUGCCACGCAGCUCCAUGCCCACCAGCCGCAGCCGGCCACCACGCCUACGGGGAGCCAGCCACAGUCCCAGCAUGCGGCCCCCAGUCCUGUCCAGCACCAGGCAGGGCAGGCCCCACACCUGGGCAGUGGACAGCCACAGCAGAAUCUGUACCACCCAGGGGCCCUGACAGGCACGCCUCCUUCUCUGCCACCGGGACCUUCUGCCCAGUCCCCUCAGAGCAGCUUCCCCCAACCAGCUGCUGUGUAUGCCAUUCAUGCCCACCAGCAGCUGCCCCACGGCUUCACCAACAUGGCCCAUGUUACCCAGGCCCAUGUCCAAACUGGAAUCACAGCAGCCCCGCCCCCUCACCCUGGGGCUCCCCACCCGCCCCAGGUGAUGCUGCUGCACCCACCCCAGAGCCAUGGGGGACCCCCCCAAGGCGCAGUGCCCCAGAGUGGGGUGCCUGCACUCUCAGCUUCCACACCCUCACCCUACCCCUACAUCGGACACCCCCAAGCUCCCCUUCCACCCCCCGGGGAACUGAAGAUUGUCCUGGCCGCGACCUGA